AUGCCGUCUAGACGUGUGCCCUCACGCUGCCCUGCUGUGCAGAGGCUUUUUGGGGUCACCUGUGCCAAAGCCCCCCUGGUCACGGGGGUCACAGUUCAGCUGGAGAUGAGGAUGAUGUUCUCUACAUUCCAGGUAAGUAUCUCAGGGAUGGACCCUGCAGCGGAGUAUGUGCAGCUCAUGGACUUCAUCCCUGUGGAUGACAAGAGCUCCAGAUAUGUAUUCCACAGCUCCUCGUGUCUGGUGGCAGGCAAGGCCGACGUGGCGCCCCCGGGGAGGAUGGACUUCCACCCAGACUUCCAGUGGAUGAAACAGAUGGUCUCCUUCGACACACUCAAACUGACCAACGACCUGCUGGAUGACAAUGGACAUGAGCGACAAGCGCACACACAUACUGGUGGUCAGCGCCAGGCCCAUGCCUCACUCUCUGCCCACCUGGCAGCCAUGAGUUUGGCAGUAUGUCAGGAGAGCAGUGAGCACAGAACCUAG